AUGCUAAACCGCCCCUUCCUACCCAUCGAAGCCCUACCAGCGUGGGCCCGUCUCAAUGGCAUCAAAUUCAACGACAUCGAGUUCCAGAAACUCGAAUUCGGUUCUGGCAUAGUCGCCAAAGCAGAUAAAGAAUACUCUUCCGCUCAAGAAGCAGAAGAUAAACCCGAGAUAUUAAUGACUGUUCCUCCUGAUAUGGUCUUGUCGAUUGAUUUAGUGCAUGAGUUUGCCAAGUCGGAUCCGUAUUUGAGGGCGGUGUUGGAGGCUAGUGGUGAUUUUGGGUGGACUGCUCGUGGGGCCAUCCUCAUCUUUCUACUCUGUCAUAUUACAUACGCAAGCAAUACACACGCCAAAAUAGGCGUUACAAACCCCUGGUCAGAAUACAUCAAAUUCCUCCCCAGUGAAACACUCCUCCCUACACUAUGGACAGAAGACGAACUCGUCUUACUCUACGGCACGUCUCUGAAAGAUGCAGUGGACCAUAAACUAUCCGCUCUUGAAGCAGAGUUUGAUCGUCUUCGAGACGCCACGCAAUCUAUCGCUUGGUGCGAGAGAGAAUGGUGGGAUGAAGAGACCGGUCAAUUGAUACUGGACGAUUGGAAGAUUGUGGACGCCAUGUAUCGGUCUAGAGCGUUGGAUUUGCCGGGCUCGGGACAUGUGAUGGUCCCCUGUGUGGAUAUGGCUAACCAUGCCUCGGGCGAAGAGACGGUUGCGUUGUAUGAGACGGAUGAGGAGCGGAAUGCGGUGUUGCAGCUUCGAUGGGGGAAGAAGCUUCAACGGGGGGAGGAAGUCACAAUAACUUAUGGAGAUGAAAAAGGAGCGUCUGAAAUGAUCUUUUCUUACGGCUUUCUCGAAAGCUCAGUCGAGGAUGCACGGCAACUAUUCUUACCAAUCGAUAUACCGGACAAUGAUCCGCUGAAAAAGGCCAAGAAGAGAAUCUCUGCGAAAAGGACUGCUCCAGGCCUGAGACUUGCUUUAGAAAACGGCAAAACAGUCUGGGAAAGCGACUUCAUUUUCUGGGCUUGUGUGAACGAAGAAGACGGCCUCUCCAUUGAGAUGAUGCAGCCCAUCGAAGGGCCCGUGGAACUCAAGGCUCUCUGGAAAGGCGAAAUCGAGAUUGGGCAUGUUGUCCCAGGAGCAUCAUCAAAGUCAAAUGUGAAAGAGUUGCGCAAUAUUCUUUCGCAGGAUCCGCUCUGGGAUCUAUUCCAGUUACGUGCGGCGGUGCUUGUACAGCAAUGCUUGCAAUCUCGUCUGGAAAUGCUGGGUGGCGAAAUGGAAAUGGCGUUUGAGGGUGUAGAGCAUGAUGCGGACGGUAGUCAGACGGGUGUCCGGAGUGCUGUUUAUGAGAUGAUUCGGAAACUCAGACAGGGGGAAACUGCGCUCUUACAAGGGGGCCUGAGGGAUCUUGCUAAUGAGAUCGAAGAACUGAUGACGUCGGAAACAGUGCAGAAAUUUCUCAAGCAGCAACAACAACAACAAGAAGAAGAAGAAGACUUUUCUUGA